AUGCCGUUUUAUUAUAUUUUUUAUUACCAACCGCCUGUUUCCUACAAAAAGCAAGAGUUUCUGCGCCGGAAAGUCAGAAAAAUGAGGGUUGCUAUUCUAUUCCUCCUUUUUGCAACUUCUACGCUUGCAAUUUUUAUUGACGGUGGAGGGCGAGGUGGUGGAGGUGGGGGAGGCUAUUACUCCCACUCUUCGUCUUCGUCUAGCUCAUCGUCCGAAGAGCAUGGCCAUCAUAGACCGCCACACAGGCCCCAUAGACCACCACAUAGACCACAUAGACCACCAAGACCCCCACCAAGACCUGAGUGCGAUGAAGGAUGGCUUCGUUUUGAAAGACCUAAUGGUGUUUGGUGUAUUAAUGUUGUUCAUAGUGGAGUAACAAAUGGGUAUUUCUCUCAGCCACAGGCUCAAGCUGCUUGUUCUGCGUCGGGAGCUACUCUAACCGGAUUCCAAAAUGACAAUGAGCGUAUGACAGUUGCCUCUGAAGCAUUGAAGAAGCUCACCGCAGCUGGCGGCCAAAUUGCCGGGCUUUGGCUCGGAGCAACUAACACCCCGAAUUGUAAAGUUGCAAGCUGUGAACCAUAUGCAACUUACACCUGGACCGAUGGGGACACAACUGGCAAUGGAGGAUUCAAAUGGGGACGUGACGAACCUGAUAACCUGAAUUGGCCAGGGCCCACGAUCUGUAUUCAACAAUUUAUUAUGCAACCAAACUGGGUGGUGGGGCCAAAUGAUUACGCUGUAUGGAAAAACUAUUUCACCAAUGGAGAUUUAGACAAGUACCAGUGUGGCGCACAAGCAUACCCAUUUACAAGAAUGUACGUAUGUGGAAAGAGGGGUGUAUCACGUUAAACGUUAAGCAUGCCAAUAAAUUAUUCAAACUUUCGUA